AAAGGAGAGCAUGAAACGUUACCAGGAUACAGAUUUGAACAGCUGAUACAGGACAGAUAUUAAAACACUUUUUAUAUAUACACAGAACAUCAGUAAAGUACAAAAGGAUUUUCUCCACCUCGUGUAAGUGAUCAUUUCUGACCCAAGAUAUGAAAGCUUUAGAGAGAUUUGUAAUCACCUUUUGUCUGUUUCAAGCUGUUUUGUGUAGAGAAUUUUUCAUCAGUCUACCAGAAAGUACAGAAGCGAUGAAAGGCCUCUGUGUUCUCAUACCAUGCAAUUUUGAAUUUGAAGAACAAUAUGAUGAAGAACUACAAUACAGUCCUAGAGGAGUCUGGUACAAAGGUGACAGUUUGGCAAAAUACAAAGUCUAUUCUUCUAAAACUACUGAAAGCAACAAGGUUGAUGGCAAAAUAAUAGGAGACCUACACAGAAAGAACUGCACAACCAUCUUCUACAACAUCAGUGAAAGUGACAGUGGAGAAUAUUUCUUUAGGAUAGUGUCUGGAAAUCUAAAAUAUAUUUAUCCUUCUUCUCUUUAUUUAAAUGUCAGAGCAUCUCCAAUCAGCCCCUCAAUAACACUGUAUACAGAGGAUAAGGGGGAGGUGGAAGACCACAAUGAGGUGGUGGAGGGAACUUCACUGAGUCUCAUUUGCUCUGCUCGAUCUCCAUGUCCCUUCAACCCCCCUAUUAUUACGUGGAACUUUCUGCCUGACGAGAGAAGACAGAAGCAGUACCAUAACAACAGAUUCAGUUCCUCUAAGCUGAACUUCACUGCUACUCAUUUGCAUCAUGGACUUGAUUUCACCUGCACUGCCACCUACCAGCUCCAGAACCAUAACAAAUCAGCACGGAGCUCUUAUACUCUACAUGUUCUGUAUGGUCCUAGAAACACAUCAGUAUCAGUGUCUCCAUCUGAUUCAGUACUUUUGGGCAGUUCAGUGUCUCUGAGUUGCAGCAGUGAUGCAAACCCAGCAGUGCUGAACUACACCUGGUACAGACAGAACGGAGAACAGAUAGGAACCGGAAACCAACUUACCAUCAGCAAGAUUGUUUCUACACACAGUGGUUUAUACUAUUGUAGAGCUCAAAACCAGCACGGAUAUCAGAAAUCUUCUGUCUUCCUGGAUGUUCAGUAUGCUCCCCAGGUUUCUCCCUCCUCAAAUUGUAACAAUGCUCAUGGUUUGACCAUGUGUUCCUGUGAGGUUCAUGGAAAUCCUUCUCCUAAAUUGGUAUGGCAUCUCUCUGGUCAAACUGUUGUGCCCUCUGAGAGUGCAUCCAUCCGAGAGGAGACUGUGAGUGACACAGGUUUAAAAAGCUUCAUUACCAUCCAUCAGUCUUUUAUAGACACACCCACUCUGCAGUGUAUUGGCAUCAAUAAACUGGGCGUCGACACACACCUGUUUAAUCCCAUCAUAUCAGAAUGCAGAUAUACCAUAUUACCUUAUCUGGUUCUAGCUCUUUCUGUGGUUCUCCUUCUGUGUUUUGGUAUUAUUAGUUUUCUCAUCUACAAAUUAAAGCAAUUAUUUGGAAAAAUAAAGGUUCUUAAGAGUGGGAAUAUUUAUACUUCUCUCCAGCGUUCUGCUCCAAACGUGUAUGAGAUUUUGCAGACUCACAGAGAAACGAGACUACAAGAGAACAAAGUCUAAAAAGCUGCACAAACUUUAUAGAUACAUGCAUAUUUGUUGAUCUAUAUAGUGUUUAUUGCUGUAAAUGUUCAUUUUUUUUGCACAUAACAUGUACCCCAGACAAUUCCCUGCCAGACUGCCAGAGGGAGCCCUUCUGCAAAUAUUGAAAGAUGCCUUCAUUUGUCAUGUUUGCUUUAGAAAGUACAUAGUAAGGACCAUAGAUUCUCUUUCUCAUUAUUUAAUUAUAUAAUUUUUUUUCUUAAAUAUAUGUGUAUAUGGCCCUGCCCUUCUUUGCUUCAUCUCUGACUUUAUUU